GAAUGUGUGUAAACUACGAAAUUAUAAAACAAAAAUACAAAAUGAAUUGCGAUUCCUUUUGUGAUGCGCUUUAUCAUGACGUCGAUAUAAAGUGUUGCAGUUGUUGGUUCUUGUGAAAUUGAAACUCAAUAAAACGCAGUGCCCCCUUUCCAUGUUUCAGCUGGAAUCUUGUGCGAAAGUGUAGUAGCAGGGACGGCAGCAGCAGUGGAGGAGCAGCCUGGCCAAACAGUGACUCCCAUACACGCCAAGCAGUUAAAUCAGCUUUAUUGCCGCCAACGUCGAAGUCUAAUCAAGCGCGCCUUUAAAGCAUAGCGACUAGCUUAAAAGCAGAAAAAGAGAGGAAAAGAGCGAGCGAGCAAGAGUACGGAUAAGACGCAGUAUAACAGCUAUUGCAAGGCAACGUUGGUCGUGGUCAAACACACACAAACACCUUGGUUUACUCACACACACACACACACACGCACAUACACACGCUUGAAAAUUAAAAACUGACAAAAUGGAGCUGCGUGUGGGUAACAAAUACCGCUUGGGACGCAAAAUUGGCAGCGGUUCGUUUGGCGACAUCUACUUGGGCACAACAAUCAACACUGGAGAGGAAGUAGCUAUCAAAUUGGAAUGCAUACGCACCAAGCAUCCACAACUGCAUAUUGAAUCCAAGUUUUACAAGACAAUGCAAGGCGGCAUUGGCAUACCGCGCAUCAUUUGGUGCGGCAGUGAGGGUGAUUACAAUGUUAUGGUCAUGGAGCUGCUUGGUCCAUCACUGGAGGAUUUGUUUAACUUUUGCUCGCGACGAUUUUCGCUUAAAACAGUGCUGCUGCUGGCCGAUCAAAUGAUAUCGCGCAUUGACUAUAUACACUCUCGCGACUUUAUACAUCGUGACAUAAAGCCCGAUAAUUUUCUAAUGGGUCUGGGCACCAAGGGCAAUCUGGUCUACAUUAUUGACUUUGGUUUGGCCAAAAAGUUUCGCGAUGCUCGCUCGCUCAAGCACAUACCCUACCGGGAAAACAAGAACCUGACUGGCACUGCACGCUAUGCCUCAAUCAAUACACAUUUGGGCAUUGAGCAGUCGCGACGUGACGAUCUCGAAUCACUGGGUUAUGUGCUAAUGUACUUUAAUUUGGGCGCGCUGCCCUGGCAGGGCUUGAAGGCAGCCAAUAAGCGUCAGAAAUAUGAACGCAUAUCCGAAAAGAAACUGUCCACAUCGAUUGUGGUGCUUUGCAAGGGCUUCCCCAGUGAAUUUGUCAAUUAUCUCAACUUUUGCCGACAAAUGCACUUCGAUCAACGCCCCGACUACUGCCAUCUACGAAAAUUGUUCCGCAACCUGUUCCAUCGCCUGGGCUUUACAUACGACUAUGUGUUUGAUUGGAAUCUGCUCAAGUUUGGUGGCCAGCGCAAUCAACAGGCCAUACAGCAGGCACAGGACGGCACUGAUGGCCAGGGUCAGGCACAAGAUGCAGCUGCUGCAGCCGCUGCGGCCGCCGCUGCCGUCUCGCAUCAGCAGCAGCAGCAACAACAGCACAAGGUUAACACAGCUGGUGGUGGCAGCACACAGCAGUUGCUCAAUAGCAAUUCGGGUGCAGGACAAACGCUGGGCAAACUGAGUGGUGCUAAUGCGAGCACCAAUGCCCAGCUCAUAGGCAAUGGUGGACACAAUCUGGAUGACUCAAUGGCGGCCACAAACUCGUCGCGACAGCCUUAUGAUACGCCCGAGCGGCGACCGUCGAUACGCAUGCGUCAAGGAGGCGGACUUCAGGCGGGCGGCGUCGGCGUUGGUGAUUUGUUACACGAUUGCAAGUCGGUGGCAAAAAAGAGAAACUAUGCAAUGCAAUUGAAGCAGGCCACAGAUCUAUCUAACUAACAGUUAUCAUUAUUCGUAAAUUGUGUUAACGAGCUAAAAAGAUGAAGUUGCAAAUGGGACAGAUAGACAAACAAGCAAACAGGUUGACCAAUGUCUAGCCUGUGGAAUAAAUCAAUAUUAAGAAUAUCAACCAGAGUCAACUUAUUGUUGUGGAGCAGCACCAGUAUAUCAGAGAAACAAAGUUAUUUAUAAUUUACUGUUUUCUUCUACUCCCUCUCUGUAUGUAUUUAGCAUUUAGACUGCCGUAAUGCAAGAUAAAGAAAAAUUCUUUGGUUAAAAUAGCAUUUUGCAUUUUGUUUUGCUCGCAAUCAAACUUCAUAGCAAAAACAGCAGCAACAAGCGUAUAAACUUAUCAACAAACUCAACUGAACAAAUGCAAAUUUAUAUUAAAUGAGUAACAUAUACAUAUAUACAUAUAUGCAGUUACAAAACAUUUAUAUUUAAUUAUUAAAUCAAAUAUUUUGAAUGUAAGAUAUAAGCUUGAUUGUAAAGUAAACAAAGGACACAACAUGCGCGCCAGUGUCCCUAAUAUUUAGUUUAGAAAUUUAGCAUUAAUAACAAACAAAAACGAAUGCAAAUAAAAUGCAACUUAAACAAACAACACACAUAUUCACAUAUGUGUUAAUUGGGCACCAACACAAUACCUUUUAAGCAAAUCGCAAGGUUACAGAAAUCCCCCCUCCCCCCUUUUUUUGGAGUGCCGAGUAGAAAAUGCUAGGUGUCGCUAUAAUAUGUAAUUAAUACAUUAUAAGCCCUUGAAUAAUAUAUAUAUGUAUAUGUAUGUGUUCAUUAUAAUUUGCAAGUCUUGUUUCAUGCGUAUUUCUCGAUUUAAAAACAUUAAUUGUGUAACUAAUUAUUAAUUUCAUAUAACAUAUAUAUUUUGCAUUAAAGAAAUAUGCAUAUUAUAUAUAGUUUCGUUUAGUUUCCUAAGACGUUAGGGGGCGUGAGCUGCGGGCACGCAUUAAAAUAGAACGCUAGCUAAUAAAUUGUAGCUAUAAUAUAAAAUUUGUUUAUAAGUAAUACCAAGCCGUAAAAAAUAAAACAAAAAAAAAAAAAGAACAAAUAUGUAUCGAUAAUGUAAAACUUAAAUUGCGAUAGUCAAGAUUUGUGGAUAAAAAAAGAACGAGAUAUAGAAAUCAAGCAAAACAACAGUUUAUCUUAUGAAACGCAUAUAAAAAGCACGUAAAAAUGUAAAACCUAGCAAAGCGAUUAUACAUGAACAAUUAUAAGACGACGGCGAUAAAAACUAAUAUCAGCAAGUUUAAUAAAAUAUGCAUUACGUGAUAUUUCUUACAAAUUGCUUUUUCAUUUCUUUAUUGAUUUCACUUGACUUCAGUUUAUUGCUUAGUUUGAUUCACUUACAGGAAGUUUGCUUCAAAAAUGUAAUUUAUUUGCAACGCUCGCCUUGUAACUUGACCAAAACCAAGCGGCAACUAUCUUUAAAAUUUUAACACAACUAAGAUUCCCCUAGAUAGAAUCCAAACCAGUGCGAAACUGAAGAUUCGCUAGUUAUAACAGUAAAUAGCCACCAGAAACGAAUAAUUGUACAUAUGAUAAAAUACUUGACAGAAAAGAAAUAAAUAUUAACAUUGUGUGAUUUUCCUUCUAGCAUACAUACAAAAAACAUUCAUAUAACUAGCGAUUUAUUAAUAAAAUGAAAACUUAAUAUAAAAACUAUGAAAAUUGAUUACCAACUGACUAAACGGUAUAUGUAUGUCAAGUCCAUACAAUAUAAGCAUUAUAGUAAACGUAAAAGGUUUAACAUACUAUAAAUUAAAACCAAACACCCUUUGAACAUUUUGUAUCAUUAGGUGUAUAUGUAUAUUGAUUAUAGAAUUUUUGAACUAAUUAAUCUAAAGCAAAUAUAUUGUGUAUUUGCAAUAUGGAACAUGCAUAAACAAACCACCAACAGUGAUAUAAAAUAAAAUGGUAAAAUCAAAUUCAUAAUAAUAACGUUGAAAUAAAAAAAAUCCUUGCUUCGCACACAUAUGACACAGACAAGAACAAUAAUAAACAAUUUCUUUC